AUGCAAAGUAAUUAUAACUUCUUAACUGAUCAUUCAUAUUCUAUACGUAUUGAUCGUGAUAAAACUCCUUUAAAACAACGUGAAAUAAAAAAUAAAACACGUCGAAAGAAUUCAAAUCGUUCAAGUAAACCAACAUCAACUAAUCAUACAGUAUCAAUUCAUCGUAGCUCAAGUGAUAAAGAAAAUAAUGUAUCGAGUCCUCCAACAGCUACAAGAAAUAAAAGAAAAUCAUCGAUAAAGAAAAAAAUAACUAAAUCCCCUAAGAAAACUCUACCAAAAUCCUAUACUCAAGGUAAAAUUAUAAAGAAGAAAAAAGCGAUAACAUCUCAAUUAAUCGAUACAAAUAGUGUACCACCAUCAUUAUCUAUUGAAGAACGUGUUAAACUACGUCGAACAACAUCAAUCAAACCUAUAUUAAAUAAAACGCUAACAUUUAAUAUGCAAAAACCUGUCAAACGACUACAACAUAUAUCAAAAACAAAGAACAAAAAACUAAUUCAAUCGAAAAAAUUCUUCCUUGGAUCAGGUCUUGAUCUUGAUAAUAUCGUUUCUGGUAAUCGUCAACGACGUUCUGUACAAAUAUAA